AUGGUCUCUCAAAUUCGUUAUCUGUCACGCCUACUUUCGUUGGUUGCCUUUGAACUCUUUUCCUCCAUCAAAGCCUCCAUCAAAGCCAUUAUGAGUCUCUUUCAAAUCAAAGCCGUUAUGGAGUCUCUCCGUCAUCUAAUCACGCUCUACUUUCGUUGGUUGCCUUUGGAACUUUUUCCCUCCAUCAAAGCCAUUAUGAGUCUCUCAAAUUCCCUCUAUUCCGUCGUCUUUCUUUUUGGUUGCCUUUGGAACUCUUUUCCCUCCAUCAAACCCAUUAUGAGUCUCUCAAAUUCCCUCUACUUUUCGUUGUUUGCCUUGGAACUCUUUCUCCAUCAAAGCCAUUAUGAGUCUCUCAAAUUCCGUCAUCUAAUCACGCUCUACUUUCGUUGGUUUUGGUCCAUGCCUUUGGAAUUCCGUCAUCUAAUUUUCCAUCAAAGCCAUUAUGAGUCUCUCAAAUUGUCAUCUAAUCACGCUCUACUUUCGUUGGUUGCCUUUGAAACUUUUUUCCUCCAUCAAAGCCAUUAUGAGUCUCUCAAAUUCCGUCAUCUAAUCACGCUCUACUUUCGUUGGUUGCCUUUGGACUCUUUUCCCUCCAUAAACCAUUAUGGGUCUCUCAAAUUCCGUCAUCUAAUCACGCUCCUACUUUCGUUGGUUGCCUUUGGAACUCUUUUCCCUCCAUCAAAAGCCAUUAUGCGUCUCUCCAAAUUCAUCAUCAACGCUCCAUUGCCUUUGGAACUCUUUUCCCUCCAUCAAAGCCAUAUGAGUCUCUCAAAUUCCGUCAUCUAA